AUGACCCGUAUGAAGGGUGUCUUCUCAUGGGAGGAUGUGCUGCUCCAGCGGUAUCAGAGCAACAAACCCCCUCCCCUCCCCCACCACCAAACAAUAGCAUUCUCCUCCCCGCAAUCCCAAAGCCAACUCCUCACCCGGCUAUCACCGGAGCUCCGGCUAAUGAUCUGGGGAUUCGUCCUAGCAGACCAAAGAAUCCAUAUAAUCCAAUGCAACAAACGACUCGGACACGUCGUAUGUCCCUGUGCGCUCGAGCAAAAAGCAAAAAGGUCUUCACCUUCACCAGAGCGGCGCACACGCCAGAACAGCACCUGCGAGAUCUGCCACGGAAAUGGCAUCUCCCAGCCGGCGAAAGAAGCCGAUCUCGCACGCUGCAAGAAAGUUAAGCUACUGGGUCUGGCAUUGACUUGUCGACAGAUAUACCACGAAUCAAUCCCCAUGCUCUACACCCACCCAACACUAGAAUUCAGUAACCCCUGGACGCUCCCAUAUCUCCUCCCAACAAUCCGACCCGACCACCGAGACCGCAUUCGCGCCAUCGAGCUACGCUGGUCUUUCCCGGGCCACUGGCUACCGAGCAAGGACUCCGUGCGCGCGGUGUACGUAUCCGCCGGACGGACGCAGUGGAUAGAGACGUGUCGGGCAGUUUCGCAGCUGCGCUCGCUGCGGUCAUUUGUGCUCGUGUUGGAGAGUAAUUGGUUCAGUGAGCCUGUUGAGAAAUUGGUUGGGUUUUUGGAGCCCCUGCGGGGUGUUGUUGUUACUGGUUCGAGACGGUGGGAUGGUGAUGGGGAUGCGAACGUGAAUGUGAAUGUGGGUCUUGAUGGGUACAGGUCUGGGGGUCGGUCGGUGAGAAGUGUCGGGUGUGACGGGUUUAGUUCGGACGAGGACUCUUGUAAGAGUCUGGGAUCUGAAUCUUCGUUUUCUUCUGUUUGGGAUUCUUCUACGGCUACGUCUGGAUCGAGGGGGAGCUGGGAGCUGAGGCUUCAGGGCCAAUCUUACUACUUGCAUGAACUGGAUCGGAUAGGGAGGGAUCUUCGGCGGAGGGGGAUAGACUGCUGGAUAUCAGCGGUGUGA